GAUUUUUAACCCAAGUUUCUGCAACAUUCUCUUGCAAGCAAAAGAAAACCCACGAAUUAUAAUAGUUAAAAAGAAAACCCCAUAAAGAAAAUCAUGUUCUUCUGUAGCAAUUCACUGCUCAAAAGCGUUCCCUUUGGCAUCGUUUAAGAAUCUGCUGAUUAGCUGCAGUUGAAAAAAAAAACAGUCUUUGAAAGUAAAAGGUACUGGUUUUCUUUGAGAGAGAAGCAGAGAGGGUGUGGGAUUUUUUUAUUUAUAUUAUUUUGGGGUUGCUAAUGGCGUUUUGCUCUAUGCUUUGUUGUGGGAAAGGCGUGGAUCGGAAGGAGAAAGGAAAGAAGCAGCCGACAUGGAGGAUAUUUUCAUUGAAGGAACUGCAUUCAGCUACCAAUAAUUUUAAUUACGAUAACAAGAUCGGAGAAGGGGGAUUUGGCAGUGUUUAUUGGGGUCAGCUAUGGGAUGGAUCACAGAUAGCAGUUAAGAGAUUGAAGGUGUGGAGCAACAAAGCCGAAGUGGAAUUUUCUGUUGAGGUUGAGAUAUUAGCGAGAGUUCGACAUAAGAAUCUGCUGAGUUUACGUGGCUACUGUGCCGAAGGUCAAGAACGUCUGAUUGUAUAUGACUACAUGCCCAAUUUGAGCUUGCAAUCACAUCUUCAUGGGCAGCAUUCAUCGGAAUGCCUUCUUGAUUGGACCCGAAGGAUGAAUAUUGCAAUUGGCUCUGCCGAGGGAAUUGCGUAUCUGCAUCACCAUUCAACCCCACACUUAAUUCACAGAGACGUCAAAGCUAGUAACGUGUUGCUGGAUUCGGAAUUCCAGCCUCAGGUUGCUGAUUUUGGGUUUGCCAAGUUUAUCCCCGAUGGUGCAACUCAUGUGACUACUCGAGUCAAGGGUACCCUCGGCUAUCUUGCCCCGGAAUAUGCUAUGCUAGGAAAAGCCUCGGAGAGUUGUGAUGUGUACAGCUUCGGCAUUCUUUUACUAGAGCUAGCAAGUGGCAAGAAACCCCUCGAGAAACUGAGUACAACAGUAAAGCGAUCGAUUGUGGAAUGGGCACUGCCACCAGCUUCCGAGGGGAAGUUCAGUGAGAUGGCAGACCCGAAGCUGGACGGGAAGUACGUGGAAGAGGAGUUGAAAAGGGUUGUCCUCGUCGCACUUGUUUGUGCCGAUAAUCAACCCAAGAAAAGACCCAACAUGCUCGAAGUCCUCGAGCUGCUCAAGGGAGAGUCCAAAGACAAAUUAGCUGAACUACAAAACAAUGAGCUCUUCAAGACCCCACAGUCCCCCGUCUCGUACGACGAGAUAUCGUCCGCCGGAGGGAACUCAAACAUAAUUAAGGAAGAGAAGGUUCCAAAACCGGCGAACGAUACUCGAGACGGUUAAUAUUUAGAUGUAAAAUUAUAGAAUCCCUGUGAUUUGUAUCGAGUUUUUUUGCCUUUUGUACUCAUCAGGAGGUGGCAAUGGAUGUCCAUCAUUAGAAUUGGCAGCUACAUUGUUCAUAUGGUAAUAUGGGAAGAUUGUUGCUUGUGAUA